UUUAUUUGAGGGGCUAGGUUUAGUGAGGUACAGUUUAGUUGAGGCCCGGGUUUUAGUGAGGCGUAGGUGUGUAGGUGAGGGGAAGUGAGCGUAGGUGAGGUGAGGAGAAGUGGGUGUCUGAGCUCAGGAAGGGAGACCAAGGUGUUGCUGAAGGCGACGAGACCACUGCCUUCUGUGGCAGAGAAUUCCACAAAUUCACAACUGGGUGAAAAAGUUUCUUCUCAUCUCAGUGCUAGGCAAAGAGACAUUUCAGGUGCUGGAGCUGCAUGUCUUUUGUGUUCCGGAUGACCUGUGGAACAACGCACUGAACACUGUUUCCACCCACGCCAUUAGUAAAUUCAUCUCUGUUGGGUUUGUCAGCUCUUUGCAUUUCACGCUGGAGGAGACGAUUGGAAGCAUUACGGCUGGUCAAAGAUCACGACUAUUGUCACCAGUGGACUAUAUGACCCUGAGCUUCUGUGCCAUGCUCACGCUCGCAACGCUCGAGUUGUCACGGAAGAUCUCAUUUUACGCUCCUUGGAAUUGUAACACCAGUACUACAGUUUGCUCCAACCUUGUCUCAGCUUCCAAAUAUGCCCAUUAUGUACAUGUGACCUCAUUUGACGUGCAGAAGCAUAUGUGGACGGAUUGCUUUGCAAAGGCAAAUGCUCCCUAUCACCAGGCCCAGACAGGAAUCUUCAGUUAUAUCAAAAACGGCAUUAAUAGCAAGAAGAUAAUAUUGAUUGUUCCAUGGUUUGGUCAUGAUUAUACUUGCAUUCGUUUAAUUGAGGCAGGAAGAUGUGAAAUUCAAAAGAUAGCUUUUGAAGGAGCGCCCUGCAGUAAUGUCGGAGUAACCAAUAUCCCAUACAAAGAUAUCCUGCAACUUUUGCCCAAGUCAAUGACCGGUAGGAUUUGGGACGACGACCUGAAAGCCUCAUAUUUUGUCUACAAGAUAGGUAAGGUGUUCCACGAUGUCUGGUACGACGAUCCAGAGAGCAUUUCAUUGAGGACGACUUUCUUGAAGAAGUUCAAGCUGGGAGGCAUUGCCAUGUGGAAUGCAGAGUUUGUCGACUAUAGUUCUGAUCCCAUUGCUGCGAUGAAAACUGAAGAGAUGUGGAACGCUCUCUGCCCUCCCUGAGAGAAACGCCAAGCUUACGGUCGUUUCAUUGUCAUCAAAUGUGACCAUUAUACUUUGAGCGAGCUAACACUGAACACACACACAAUUAAAAUAUUAAUGCAGAUCUGGGGAUUAGUGCUUUGUCUAAAGAAGGAAUUAUUAUCCACUGAAUAAAAACAAUAUAACUACAUAACUCAUCCCUUCCCAACCAAACUCCCCCCUCCCCAGUAACCUUCCCCUGAAAACAAAGGACAUGCAACACCAGUCAU